AUGGGCCGCACUGAGUGCCCGGGCAGCCCAUUUAAGUACCACAACCAUUUUCAAUACACUAUAUUAAGCCUCGGGCGCAAGGCCAAGCAAUGGCUCUUCACACUCAUCGAGUCCUUAUCUCAUGAACAAUUCGUGCUACUAGCUGUCACACUUUGGGCCAUUUGGACAGCUCGACGCAAAGCUAUUCACGAGCAGAUCUUCCAAACCCCGCAAGCAACUCAUUUAUUUGUAAGAAACUUCAUACAAGAGCUUAACGUGUUGACAGAUAGCCGAGCUAGAAGAAUUUCAGAACGAGCUGCUGGUGACCAGGACGCCCGGCAGCCCUUCUGCCAGAAGGCCCCGCCAGAAGGCUGCGCGAAGAUCCAUGUGGAUGCUAGGGUCAGAGCAAGAAGAGGCGGCUCAGCGGCGGCGGUUUGCCGUGAUCAAAAUGGUAACUACCUUGGAAGUUUAGCCUUGGUUAUUGCCGGACUAAAGGAUCCUUUAAUCUUGGAAACUAUUGCAUGGAGAGAGACACUUGCUCUAGCAGAGAAUCUCAACUUACACAAUGUGGCAAUUGCUUCUGAUUCCAAACAGGCAAUAUCAGACAUUAACAAAACCAGUUUGGGAAAGAAUGGCUCAGUAGUGAAGGAGAUUCUGCGGCGGGGCUGGGGCUCUCACGUGUUCGAGAUCUCAGGGUACAGCCAGCACCGCGACCGAGUCGGAGACCUUAACGCCGUAGCGUCGGCCGUGUUCGCCGUCGGAGGAUACGACUGGCAGAUUGUGUUCUGCCCCGUAGGGAUCCUGGAUCGUGUGAAAGACUAUGUGCAGGUGUUCCUACUUCUACGCAGCAAGGACAAGGACGCCAGGGUGAGGGCGUCCUUUCAGCUCAGCCUGGUGGACGUGGCCGGAUGCUCGCCGCCGCAUACCAUGACCGGGACACACGGUUACGAUUCCGGCAGUAAGUUCUUCUCCGGCUUCCUCGAGUUCAUGGAGAGGAGCGAGCUGGAGGCGUCGCUUUACCUCCGCGACGACCGCCUCACCAUUGAGUGCGUCAUCACCAUUGCCGAGGACGCCAAGCCGUUUAAGGUGCCGCCGUCCGACAUCACGGAGCAUCUCGGGAAGCUGUUGCGCGGGAAAGAGGGCGCCGACGUGGUUUUCGAGGUCCAAGGGGAAGCUUUUCCUGCCCACAAGGUGGUGCUUGCGAUGCGGUCGCCGGUCUUCAAAGCGGAGCUGUAUGGCGCGAGGAGAGAAAAGAAUACGAGCCAUAUUACCAUUGCUGACAUGCAGCCCGCUGUCUUCGAGGGCCUGCUCCAUUUUAUAUACACUGAUUCACUGCCCGCCAUGGAUGAUCUUAGCCAAGAUGACUACCAGGAGACUAUCAGGCAUUUGCUUGUCGCGGCGGAUCGGUAUGCCAUGGAGAGGCUCAAGAUUAUAUGUGAAAGCAUCCUCUGUGAAAACAUUGAUGCCAAGACCGUGGUGACUACAUUCGCUUGGGCUUAUCAGCAUCACUGUGACAGGUUGAAUGAUGCCUGCAUUCAGUUUAUUGCCUCUUUCAGUACAAUGGAAACCAUUGACAUGAUGGCAAGCCAAGGGUAUGCUGAGCUCAAAGCAAAAUGUCCUUUGGCUUUAGUUGAACUGUUGCAGAAGACAACUAGGCUCGUCGAAUCAAAGUCUUCAGCUCAUUUUGGUGGUCUAGUCACAUAA